CUCAGCCUUCGCAAGUCGCAACCAAUUUAUACGCAGUUCUCGGACUCUCUCUUUCGUAGAUCUGGAGAGGGGUCGUUGUUUUGUCUGUUUCUUGAACUGGGUCGUUCUUAGUUUCAAAGAUGAAGGUGUCUGUCACUACAAGAAGCGGCAGAGAAUUCAUCAAGGGUGGCCUUGAGCUCGAUGAUUCGGCUACUGUGGAUGAUCUGCAGGAGGCAAUUUACAAGCGAACCAAGAAAUACUAUCCUUCUAGACAGCGACUUACCAUUCCUCUCCAACCGGGAUCCAAAGAGAAACCUACAGUCCUUCAAUACAAGAAAAGUCUCAAAGAGUACAGCGAUGGCAACAACAACCAGUUAACUGUAGUGUUCAAAGACCUGGGUCCACAAGUUUCCUAUCGUACACUCUUCUUCUGCGAGUACUUGGGUCCUUUGGUCAUCUACCCCAUCUUCUACUACUUACCUGUGUACCGGUACUUUGGCUAUGGGGGAGAGCGCACCAUCCACCCAGUUCAGACAUAUGCCUUGUACUAUUGGUGCUUCCACUACUUUAAACGUAUCAUGGAAACAUUUUUUGUGCAUCGUUUCAGCCAUGCAACCUCACCACUUUCCAAUGUAUUCCGGAACUGUGCUUACUACUGGACCUUUGGCGCUUAUAUUGCCUACUAUGUAAAUCAUCCACUUUAUACCCCUGUAAAUGAUCUCCAAAUGAAGAUUGGAUUUGGAUUUGGGUUGGUUUGUCAAGUUGCAAACUUUUAUUGCCAUAUCUUGCUGAGAAAUCUUCGGAGUCCCAGUGGGAGCAGAGGAUACCAAAUCCCAAGUGGGUUUUUGUUCAAUAUUGUGACCUGUGCAAAUUACACAACAGAGAUUUAUCAGUGGUUGGGCUUCAAUAUUGCAACGCAGACUGUUGCAGGCUAUAUCUUUAUGGUGGUUGCUGCUGCCAUCAUGACUAACUGGGCACUUGCAAAGCACCGCCGUUUGAAGAGGGUAAAUUUCUUUUCUUUGUUGCUUAACUAG